AUGUCUUGGCUUUUUGGAUCAAGCCAAAACAGGCAGCAUUAUCCGGGAAAUGUCCCUGCUGGCGGCGGCAUUAGCGGCGGUCAGCCACCUUCGGGAAACACCGGCAGCGGCGGUGAACAGCCUCCCGUCGGCAAGAUGAACGCCUACCAGUUCGACUCCUCAGCUCUGGAGCGGGCGGCAAAGGCGGCAAAAGACCUGGAGCAGAGCCGCCACGCCAAGGACGCCCUGGAACUAGUCAAACAGCAGGAGACGACAAAGCAGCUGGAGCUGCAGCGGCAGAUCAAGGAGUAUGAAAGCGCCGUGGCAAAUGCGCAAAUAGAGGCGAAGAAGGCCGAACAGGAGCACCGGCAACGGAUGCUGAAGGAGGAGACGAAGCAGGCACAACUGAAGGCGCAGUAUGAGGACCAGCUGGCGAGGAAGCGUUUCGAAGAUCAGCUCGGCCAGCAACGGGCCUCUAAUGAGGAAAAUAUCCGCCGUCAAGAAGAGUCGGUGGCGAAACAGGAGGCCAUUAGGCGGGACACCCUGGCCCAAGAGCUGGAGAUGCGGGCAAAGGCAGACGCGAAGCGCAUCGAAGCGGAGAUCCUUGGUCAGGCGAAGGUGGAGCGGGAGAACCGGGACAUUCGUCUGGAGCAGCUAAAG